CAGAAUUCGAUACGCGUCAAGCGCUUCUUGCCCCACGUUCCCUUGUCACUGUAUUCGUUUGUUGCACUACGUGUAUAUAUUCAUCAUUUAUAUAUAUCAUCGGCCUAAUGCACCACAUCGCGGUGCAGAUCCGGGGACGCGCUUGCAUGAAUGUUUCACGACCGCCGGUCCAAGCGCCGGCCCUUGCCGCCACGGAGCCUUCCCUCUCACCGUCUCGUGUCACGUUUGCUCUUUCCUAAACCUCUUUUCACAACUCUCUACCUCUCCUACACCCUCUCGGAGCACACGGUGGGAGAAGAGUCCCCCUCCAUGACUGCCAUCAUGAACGGCCACGCGACCCUGCCAAGCUACGCAGAGCAAUUCGACGCCUUUAGGAAGCACGACGCGGCUCGCGAUACCCUCAUCCAGGAUGUCAUCCGCGCCUACGAGGAAUUGCAACUCAAGUACACCGAGAAGUGCGACGACUACAGUAAUGAGGUCGAAUCACGACGCAUGUGGCAAAGCAAGGCGUCUUUGAAUGAGCGUGCUCUUAAUGAACACCGCCAGAUUUCCGGCUCCAACUCGUUCGUUGUCGCCGUAAUUGAUGGCGAUGGUGCCAUAUUCCAAGAUUUCUUGUAUCAACUGGGCAAGGAUGGCGGAGCCGAUGCCGCCCACCAGCUUCACGCCGAAAUCAAGAACAACAUGAAGACCGCCUAUCCUGACGCCAAUGUCGACGACUGGAGCGUGGUUGUUCAGGUCAUCCUCAAUCUACAAGGCUUAGCUUCCAAGCUCGUGUCAUGCGGCGCCGUGGCCAGUGUCAACGAUGUUUUGGAAUUCGGCCGCUCCUUUGGACUCGCCCAGCCACUGUUCACUUUCAUCGACGCAGGCAGCGGGAAGGAGCGAGCCGACCACAAGGUCCGCGAGACCUUGCGCUUGUAUCUCCCUAACGCCCAGUGCAAGCAUGUCUUCUUCGGACCCUGCAACGACAACGGUUACCUUCCUGUUCUGGAAGGCUACAAGAGAGACUAUGCCUCCCGCCUUACUUUGAUAGAGACGCGGCCUGCAGAGCCUGGAUUCGUUGCUCUCGGCCUGCGGCGCGUUCGAUUCCCUCGAGUCUUUCGAUCCGACAAUCUGCCUGGUGGAAAGCCAUUCUUCAUGUCGUCUCCUCCUGCCACUGUCGCCUCUCCACCCAGCGCGCCCCCGUCCAGGUCUACUUCUGGAGUCUCCAUGCAACCUAUGAGUGCUUCCUUCGUCCCUCGCAACCCCAGCCCCGCUCCAUCCGCCGACUCUGGUAAUUCCACCUGGGCAACGAUCGGGAAGUCUGUCCCGAAUCCCAAGACGAUUCACCUCGCCACUAAGAAAGUGCCACCUCGUCGCUGCAUCUUGCUCAAUGUCUACGAUGAGAGAAGGGACGCCGAGCUGCCGAGGUGUGAUACUGGUGCGGAAAGGCGCUUCGCUGAAACUCUGAAGCACGAUGGCAAGUACUGCAACAACUUCCAUCUUACUGGAAAGUGUGAGUCUCACCAAUCUUCACCAUCCAUCUCUGCCCGUCAAGCUAAUGCCGUUACUCCUCCAGGCGAGGCUGGUGAAUACUGCGACUACCGCCACGGCGCGAAACUAAGUCCCGGCGAACACCUCGUUUUGAAAACCAAAGCACGGUCGAGAACUUGUCCAGACCGAUCUGCUUGUCGAGACCUUGACUGCACCUUCGGCCACCAUUGCAGGUUCGGGCCAGGUUGCACAAUGGAGAACUGCUGGUUUGCGUGGACGCAUGACAUGGAUAUGGUCAGUUUGAUUCCUUUCGCACUUUGCUCCGUGGGCUUUACGUGAUGGUAUUGUUUGUCUGACUGCUCGAUACAGCAACCGGCGAAGCGUGUGUAUGAGCACGGGGCGGAGGAAUGGAUUUCUUCGUAUCUGGAGAAGUUCCGUCCGUAAGACUGUCUUGCUUGGCUGUUUGCUAUGAU